CUCUCUAAAUACCGCUUAGACGAUUUUUAAAGACAGCAAAUAACCAAAGGUAAACAGCGCAAAACCAUAAAAUGAAUGUAAAAGCAUAAGCAUAAAGAAAACGAACAGACAAACGGAAGAAAUGUCAGUAGACUACGAUUUUUUCUGCCAUACUGUACUUGUCCUGGAUUAGCUAGCAAUAUAUUUUUGUUGAUACCUGAGCCAUGUCAAAGAGUGAUAUCCAGUCAGCAAAUCGUGUUAAUAAUGAAAAUGCGAUAAAGCCGAACAAAGAUCCAAGUAAUAAUCGAACGUCGAAAAAAAGAAUGGCGACUUCCCCAGCAAAGGGUGACAUUGUAAAACGAUCUGCAUUUGGUGAUAUUACAAAUGCAUUGACAGUCAAAAGCAAUGUGGGGUUUGGUAAAGAAAAUAUGGGGAAAAAAAUUGCUAAAAAAACAAAAGUUGCAACACGAAAGUCAUUGCGAGUUCAGAACAAACAUGAAGAUUCCUCAGAAAAACUCAUAAUUGAAAAAAUUGCGAAUGUAACCUUAUCCUUACCAAAAAUGCAAAGCAGCAUUUCCUCAUUGCCAAAUUCACAAAAAAGUACCAAAGAAGAAUUUUCACUUGAUGCUGUUGAAGAGGAUACACAAGAAUUUGCAGAUGCUUUAGAUUCCUUUGACUCGUCAGAAUUGCCUACUGCCUUUUAUCAACAUGAUCUGUCCCCCAGGAGAAAGGACUUAUUUUACGAAGAUUUAGAUGCAGAAAAUAUCAACAAUCCUAAUGAAGCACCAGUAUAUUCUUUAGUCAUUUUUGAAUAUAUGCGUGCAAGAGAAAGUCAAUUUCAAAUUGGUCAAUAUUUGUCAACACAGAAGGAGAUUUCAGCAGAUAUGAGGGCAAUUCUAGUGGAUUGGAUGGUUGAGGUUCAAGAAAAUUUUGAACUGAAUCAUGAGACACUAUAUCUUGCUGUAAAACUAGUUGAUUUAUAUUUGCAAAACAAGCAAACAGCAAGGGACGCUCUGCAACUCAUUGGAGCAACUUCGCUUCUCAUUGCUGCUAAAUUUGAUGAACGUCACCCUCCUUAUAUUGAUGACUUUUUAUAUAUUUGUGAUGAUGCAUACACUCGUAAGCAAAUGUUGUCACUGGAAAGAUCAUUGCUUCAUAUAGUUGGGUUCGAUAUAAACAUCCCUAUUUCAUACAGAUUUCUGCGUAGAUAUGCAAAAUGCUCAAAAACGAAUAUGCAGACUUUGACUUUAGCAAGAUUUGCUCUCGAACUCAGUUUGCAAUGUUAUGAUUUGAUCACAGUAAGUGAUUCGCUUUUAGCAGCUGGAGCGUUAUGGUUAGCUUUCAAAAUGAAUGACAACGCAGAAUGGACAGAUACGCUUGUUUACUACAGUUCACAUAUGGAAUCUGAAGUUCUAAAACUAGCUACUCGACUAAAUAGCAUGGUCGAGGAAUCCAAAGGAAAAAAAUUACAAACCGUAUGGCAGAAAUACUCUCAUCCAAUAUUUUAUGAAGUUGCAAAGACGCCUAUUUUGUCAAAGGAAAAGCUUGAAAAAGAAGAAGAAAGAGUAAGGCUAAAAGAAUCACCAAUGAUGGCUCAACUGGGGGAUGAAAUAGCCUCUUGACUCACUUAAAUUGUGAUGCUCAUGUUUUGUGUUUGUUAGUUUUGUUUGGCUCCGUAUAUAGUCGAUUUGCUGCAUAAUUUUAAAGUAAAUCCUCAUAAAUUGGCAUUUUAUACAAAAAAAAUUGUCUACCUCUGACAUUUAAAAAUGUAUCGAAUUUAAUAUCGUGUUAUUAACUUACUUUUGUAGCUGUGUUUUAGUCUUUGGUCAUCUGUAUCAACCCUGUAAUUUUCUAUACGAGGCAAUCAUAGCAAAUUUAAUUUGGUCCACGUAUGUCAAUGUGUCAGUUUUUUUUGGCACAGCUGUAAUAUUCAUUAUGGUUAAAAGUCAAUCAUCUUUUUUAAUUUUUACUGGUCCAAAAUCUAUUUCAUUGUAAAACUGCCGUGUUGUUUAGUCCUGCCAUGUAUACCUGGUGCAAAUAGUUUUAUAUUUUUAUGUUUAUUGCUUGCUUUUAUCCUCGUUUUAUUAUUUUUUGUUGCCUGUGGUGAAAAGUAAGAUGCAGAAGUAGCAGUAGUUUGAGGUUUAGUGAUGAGGUUUCUGAUUGCUGCUAUUCCACUUUUCUGACUUCAUCUUACUUUUAUUCGUCUCAAAACUUUUGUAUAUAUGUAUUUUCAUUUUCUGCCUCAUUAAGAAAUUUUGAUUAAACUUGAUCAAGUUGCUUUUGUCCAUCUAAUGUAUGUCAUCCAUAUUUGUAAAGAAAGAAUAACACUUGAAAUCUAUGUGGAAAUAAUACAUGUUUCAAAUUUAUUGAGAAUAUGGACUUCGGUUAUGUAUUCUGUGACUUAUUUAUUCGAUAAAAACCAAUUUUCACUACCAAUUUUUAAUUUUAUUCAUCAAAAAAAACUCGUUACUUGAUCAAGAACAAAAUUUCUUAAGGGGUUUCUUUUCCUUUUUAGUGUCAGGAUGUCAUGUUUAGAACAGCGAAUGAAUCGUUUCAACAAUACAUAUUUUAUGUAGGUAUAGUGUCAGAUGUUUGCUGUAUUCAGAAAUUCAUUGUUGUGAUGGUAUAAGUUAUUUUAUGUCGUAGCAUCACAUAAAAUUUUUUGUGACAAAGAUGUUUUAUUACCAUUUUAAAUUCCUUACUGCUUUUUACUUUUGUAAAUUGUUCUAAAUUCCCUUCCUUAUAGCAAAAUUAUGAAUUUUCAAGACUUGUUAACAUUAAAAUUUGUUAUUGCUUGCUUUGAAUUAAGAAAAAAAGGCAAAUUAGUUUUAUGUAGAAGCAAGUAUUGCCAUUGAUUAUGCUCCCACAAUGAACGCCAUGCUUACAUAAAAAAAUUUAUCGUUCGUUUUGUAUAUAUUUUUAAAUUUUUUUACAUUCCAAAGUGCUGUUUUAUCCAAGCAAUAAACUGACAUGUUUUGAA